CAGUUACCAAGGAGAAGUCAUCGUCAUCCCCGUCCCGUCGCGUAGCCGAUUCCUCCAGUUUGCUGUGCAAACAUUAAAAUUUGCUGAAGAAAAAUCCUUUCGCCGUUUAAUGCUUUCAGGAAAAGCCACGCAGGAUAUUCCAUGCUAAUUAUUCAGGAGUAACAGACCUUCUUAAUGUCUUUUUGCCAAAUAAAUAGGUUAUAUUACCUCACGUAUACGUGAGGUGAAGCAAUAGAAUAUCGUUUGCAACGAUUGCACGAUAAUGUUACACGAAUCCGUUACGCAUUCGUUCAUUAAUAAUCAUAAGUAGGUCACUUGAUAUACUCUCGUACUCUUGAAUAAGCCGAGUAGUAGUAAUAACAUUGUGGCUCGAUUGGCCGCACGUGGCGUGCUCCAGAUUUCAAAUAUCCAGAUGAUCUCUGUCCUCGUCUUUCGUAAUAACCGAGUAUAAUUAAAAAAUGUUUAUAUAUAUCAUUCUGUAUAUUACAUAAUAUAUUCCGUAAUACUUAAUUGCGAGGGAAACGCCGGAAAGGGAAUUUGCCGAGAGUGUACGGACGUGUCAGUCACAAUUUUUUUUGUUUUGCACAUUCGGAUCUCGAUGCAUAAAGGUCGACCCACAUUUAAUUCGCGAUAGCUUUGCGACUAUUUAAAAAUUACCUUACUUUUGACAGCACGGUUAUCGCUACCGCACUGAUAUCGAUACCGUUGACAAAAGCUAUGCACACAACCUCACCCACUUUUGAAACUUCAACGCCGCUUCCCGGCGGAAGCAAUUCGUUAUUUCCAUUCUUUUGCGCUCUAAUUCGAAAGUAUCAAGUAGAAAACAACCCGCGGACCGCCAACGUCCGUGCGAACAAAUUUCAUCCGUAUACUUCAACCGAAUUCAUUGGAAUGUCAACUAAAACUGAGCUUGACUCGCCGUUGGCGAACGUCGCGUCCGAGAUCGAGGAACGUCGGUGCGACCUGAUCGGCCGCCACCGAGAGCUUAAGAACAAAGUCGCCACGAUGGAACGCUCCAUUCCGGCUCUGAUGGCGUACAACAUGUGGAUGACCGAGCGAGAUUGUCGCGAUGGGCCGUACAACAAGGUACGGGAGAUCGUGAAUAGGUUCUCGCCGCAGCCGGACCCCGCCGACAGACUUCUCGCCGAAUUGAAAAGCGCGGUCGACGGUCUCCACCAGGAAACGUCACAGUUGCAUGACAAGAUCAUAGACGCGGAUGUGAAACUGGAGGAAACUGGAAUGGAGCUGGAGUCCUUGGAGUUGGCUAACAAGGAGAUGGAGGAAAAAUUGACAGGAUUGCGUAACGAGGUACAGAGAUACAAUACGCCCAGUCUACACUCCGUCCACUCCGAAGAUCUGAUAUGUCUGAGAAAGAUCCGUCAGCUCGCUGAGGAAGAAUUGAAACUGAAGAAUUGCAUCAGCGAGCUGGAAAGUAAAGAAUUCAUGUACAGGCGGCAAAUGGGCAAGUUGCUGUCCUGCAAGAAAUUUCAGCGUGAUAGCGGCAAAAUGACGGAACGCGUGCAGAGCCACUCUAGAGGAAUUGGCAAAAAGUUAUUCGAUCCUUUAGAAGAUUACACACUUAAUAAACAUGUGACGAAGAAAAAAUAUCAUCUUGAAGAUAAGAAACGAGCUUGCUGUCCAUGUGCAACGUCGAUAACGUUAACCGCCUACGAGAAGGCGUCGAAGAAACCAUUAGGAGGUUGCGAAAAAUUGUAUCCACCGCUUUCAUGCUGCGUCCCGCUGGACCAUCCGGCGUCACGUGCAACCGCGAGUAAAUCGCGCGAUUGCACUUGUUGCAAAUCUUGCCGACGGGUUUCUUCCGCUCUAUUCAAAUCCAAGUCUCCGUGUUCGACGAAGCCUCCUUGUGAGUCCCUAUUCAGCGUCGCCUCGAAAACAGGUGUAUCGCGACCACCUAAACAAUUAGCGCAAUCUUCGGUGCCAUGUGAUCCCAGUGAAACGUGCAACGAGUGCACCACUCCUGCCGCAUGCAAGCAAAUUAAUAUCAAUAGAUACGAUUGCGAAGAAAAACGCAGGGGCGAAUUGUCGAUCCCGUGUGAUUGCAACGUCAGAUCGUUAGACGAGGCUCAAUCAGUGCCUUCAGGGAUGCUGCAUUCAGAAUCGGAAAUAGAUGAUAGCAACAGCGAUGAGGAGGAAUUUUGCGAGUGUUGCUCCUGUGGUUGCGAAGCCAACGAUGAUUUAUUGUAGUAAUGUAAUUGAUACCCAAACAUUUAUCAAUCAGCAAAAUUGAUCGAUUUUAAUGUCCUCUUAGACAGUUUAAAAAUUCCUUUUAACAUAUGUAUAGGUUUUUAUAUAAUUGAAUUUUAUACAAAAAAAUUGGUAUUUGA